CAUUCACAACUUCCGCUACAGCCGGACUGUAGUCCUCAGUGAAGAGGUUCCCUACACAUCACAAAAACGGAAACUAUGCGAUUGCAGCUGUGAAAGAAAGUUGAGAGCAAGAAGAGCCGGAAGAGAAACGGAAGCUCGGCUUAUCAAAACGUGAUAGUAUUCUCCUGUGAGCAUCUCCUGUGUUAUGCUAACUGCUCGUUAGCUAGCAUGCUGCGGUCUGAAAACAACAGACACCUCCUCUCGGAUUAAUUACAUCUCGUCAUGACCGAUUUAAGAUGUCGUAAAACAGAGACUUUGGAGGAGGAAGAGGAAGAGGACGAGCCCAAAGAGCACACUUCACGUGUUAAUGGGCCGCUGAACACAGAGGAGGACGGGACAGAGUCCACUGCUGGAGCAGAAGAAAAGCAGCAGAAAGAUGAAGGUGAAGAAGAAGAAGAGACUGGAGAUAAAAAAGUAAACAAACCAGAGUCAGCUGUCAAAGGAGCCAAAUGGACUUCUACAUCAGGUUUCUUGCAGCGUCUAGUGAGAGUGUUCUUCGGAUGUCUGGCUGCAGUUGCCUGCGGGAUCCUUUAUGCGUUUUUUCUGUCUACAUAUCAUGACAGGAAGUUCUGGUUUUCCACUCGACAGGAGCUGGAGCGUGAAAUCACCUUCCAAGAAGGCAGCGGGCUCUAUUAUUACUAUUACAAGCACAUGCUCGCAGCACCGUCUUUUGAAAGAGGGUUUUAUGAGUUGACGCUGGAUAACAACACAGUUUCAGGUCAAACCAUCAACGCAGUGGAACGUCUGUCUCUGUUUCCAGAGAUCAUCAUGAGCUUCUUAUACCGAGUCACAGACUGCCAGGAUGACGUGGAGCCGAUCUACUUCUACGUCGGAGCGGUUUUCGGCCUCCAGGCGGUCUACGUCACCGCUCUGUUUGUGUGCAGCUGGGUGAUGAGCGGCACCUGGGUGGCCGGCAUGUUGGCUGUGGCCUGGUAUGUGAUCAACAGAACAGAUACAACCAAAGUGGACCAGGCCAUUCCUCUGCGGGACAACUGGGCUCUGCCUUUCUUCUCGUGCCAGGUUGCUGCUUUGACCGGAUUCCUCAGUAAUAACGUCAGCUCUGCCACUGAAAUGUUUUGCUAUCUCACCAUGAGUGCCACCACCUUCUCCUUCCUGCUGGUGUGGGAGCACAGUCACUACGUGCUCUUCAUCCAGGGCCUCUGCCUUUUCCUGCUCGACUCUUUUGACCUGGUGCCGCCACGCAAGCUGGCCGACAUUCACAAGGUGUACCUCAGCUCCUUGUUCUUGGCCUACUUGUUCCAGUUUCAGAACCCGGCCCUGCUCAGCUCUCCUCUGCUCAGCCUCAUGCUCGGAUCAGUGCUCGCGAGGUACUUCCAGCAAAAUAUGAAAAUGGGACCUCUUGUGGCCAGAGUCAUGAAACUCUUCCUACAUUUCCAUCUUGUCUUUACGACAGGGAUCACCUUCAGCUAUUUGGUCAAGAAACUUGUUCCUGUGAGUGAGAGUGAUUUCAUAUUGAAAUUCCUGGAAGUCAAAUUUGGACUCAACACGACAACUGAUUUCGUCCCAAACUUCCUCAUGUGCCAAGAGAGUUUGCAGACGCCCGAUCAGGACUUUUUUCUACGCCUGACACAGGCCUCAGUCCUUCCCUUCUACUUGCUGGUGCUCUCAGUCUGCCUGCUGUCCACCCUGCAGACCAUCUACAGACGACUCAGUGGUCAACCAAUUCAAACCAACCUGAAACUUGAAGAUGGACGAAUAGGAGAGCAGCCCGAGGUCAUCUAUCACGUGUUUCACACGCUGCUGUUUGGAGGCCUCGCUCUGCUGUUCGAUGGGAUGAAAUAUUUAUGGACCCCGUACGUCUGCAUGUUCACAGCGUUCGGUGUGUGUUCUCCAGAACUGUGGAUGACUGUCUUUAAGUGGCUAAGACUGAAGUCCAUCCACCCUGUAGUGCUGUCUCUGAUCCUGAGCACAGCGGUUCCUACGAUCAUUGGCUUCAGUUUGUGGAGAGAGUACUGCCCUCGUGUCUUAGCAGAGCUGUCGGACCUCCCUGAGUUCUACGACACAGACACAGUCGAGCUGAUCAGCUGGAUCAGGUCUCAGGCUCCUCUGGCGGCGGUCUUUGCGGGCAGCCCUCAGCUGUUAGGAAUCGUGAAGUUGUGCACGGGUUCAGCUGUGACCAGUUUACCGCUUUACUCCGACAUCAACCUGCUGAGGAGGACGGAGGAUACUUAUCAGGUGUACGCAAUGAGGUCUGCAGAGGACGUCUAUAAGAUUCUGACCUCUCAGAAGACGAACUACGUGAUCAUCGAAGAGUCGAUUUGCAACGAGCUGAGUCUUCAGAGGAGCUGUAGGAUCAAAGACCUGCUCGACAUUUCUAAUGGACAUGUCAUCUACGAUAAAGGAGUGAUGUACUCUUUCUCCAAGCACGGACGAUUCUGCCAGGAGAUAAAGAUGAACUACUCGCCCUACACAAACUACUUCACUCGAGUUUUCUGGAACCGCUCGUACCACAUCUACAAAGUCAACUCCGUCAUCUCCUUCCAGUACUGACGGCAGCGUCUGCCUCUGUGCCGGGACAUCACUCUGUGUUUUCUGAGCAUAUCCACCGCGUCACACACACAGACGAGGACUGCAGUACGUUGGUGCAAUAAUGUGUGUGUGCUCCAAAAAGUCUUAUCACUGUUGUCAAAAAAACAAAACAUCCCACUGUGAGUGAAGGAGGUGUGAAUUCAGAACAACUAGCCGAGCACAGAUUACUUCGACCUUGUUUGAUAUAAACAACAUGAAAAAGGACUGUUGAUGUUGAAGAAUGCCAUUUUAGUCCCUGUACUGUAGAUUUAUAAACCAGGUGUUUCUGUUAACUGUCGGGAGAGGUUCAUACUGUAUCGAAGGUGUCUCACUUUUUACACAAGAAGAGAGUGGAAGCCUUUCUUUUUUCCUCCCAGCGUUGCCAUCAAAAAGGGGCGAUGCUUUCAAACAGAGUUAAGUCCAUCUCCGCUCUGGUGCAGACUGAAAGAGGGAAAUGUCCAGACGUCUGCAAAAUUAACUUAGAUUAAGAUCUGCUCAUACAUAAAAGUUCUCUUGAAAUUAAUUCUACUUGUUUUAGCAGUCCGCUGACUUAUAAUACCAUUAUACGGUCUUUAUUUUAUUUUGUAGAUCACUUGUUUUAUGACUAAAUACACAUCUUUUGUAGUUUUUUUUUUUUUUUUCCAACAUGCUAAACUAAGACAACAAAAACAGAGCAUCACAGCGUCCUGACUCUGAGAUCUAGCUCGGGGUAUCAGCACGAUAUAGAUCGACGGCGCCGCCAGCAGUGCUGCAUACUCUUUUUUUUUUUUUUUUUUGUUUAUUUUAAGCCCUCUUAUUCUGGCAGUGGUUAUUUUCUGAUAUCUUAAUUUAACAAAAAUGACUUUCUUUUAACGGAGCACAUUCUUGAUGGAUGAUAAAAGUUUCACAGACGAUUAUGUGGCCUCUUAAAUGCCCUGGAAUUGUUUUACUGGAAAGAUGGUCUCAAUCAGGAUCCAUGAUAGCCCCCACACCUUCACUGAUAUAUCAGGAAGCGCUAAACCUGAUCCGUUCACAAAAUGUUACCUGAUAAAGAUGUGAUUGUUAAAGAGCUCUAGAGACCUUGUACUUUACAAUAUUCUGUUUCUCACUGUAACGGGGAAGAUACGUCUGUUUUUAAGCUGCCAAAAACAUUUCAUGGGUAACAACUUACUGUUAAAGACGACUCACACCUGAGGGUCUCCUCGGUUCAACAAUCAUUCAGCGACAUCGAAGACAAAGUGAAGAGUUUCUACUUAAGGAGUGAAACAUCAGUAUUUAUGUUCAUGUUGGAUUUAUGUUUUGUAACGUGGUGUGCUUGUUACAUUAAAUCAUAGUUUUGUUAAGCAGUAGCUCUAUAACAUUACAAAUAAUCAAACAGCAGUGCCUGGAGUGAUGGGAGAGGUUGAAGACAUUAGAAAACUGUGAGCAUACUGAAAGUCGGUCCUCAAGCUCCUUUUUUUUUUGUUUCUAUCUUUAUUCUCUUCAUCGGGAUGCCUUAUUUUGCGAUGUAGAAUCUGACUGAUUGACAUCUUUUUAACGCUCCGUCUGAGGUCUGAUGAUUUUCUAUCUCUGGUUCUUAUUUUGACGUAUUUGGCGGUUUCCUUCUCCUGGUGCUGUUAUGGAAGUCUUGCCAAUAACAGUCCCUCUGCAGAAGGCCACGUAGUGAAGUGAAAACACAUGGAGAUUAAAGUGUGUACAAGUUGAUGAAUUAAAAAGAUGAUCUCUAUUAUAUGAUGUCAGUCAAUUGAAUAUUUCUUUUUUUUUUCCAGCUUGUUAUGUAGCAGUUUAAGUAUUCAUAGAUGCUUUUUCUUAAAAUUGUGUGCUAUGUGUAAAAAAAAGAUUGAAAAGAUUUGGUGCUUCUCUUCUAGAAACCUUCAAUGACCGGGUAUUCACCCGUCUGCAUUUCAUUUCACAUUCCCUUUUUUUCUAUCAAAAAUAAAAUGAUCCUAAGAAUGAG